AUGAAAACAUCUUCUUCUUCUUCUUCUUCUUCUUCAUAUCUUUAUAUUCUAUUAAUAUUAUGUAUUAUAAUAUAUUCAGUAGAAUGUGAUGGAGUAAAAUCUCGAAAGAGAUCAAUGGCAAGUAAAGGAGGCGAGGGUAAUGAUGGAUCGACUAGGAUAAAGGUCAGUCGAGCCAAACCCGACAAGUUGGUUAGACCUGCGGCAACCACCACUAUUUUCAGUAAACGACCCAAGAGUAACCCGAAUAGUCCAUUUGAUGAUAUACCAGUAAUCAUCACGAUCGGCUAUAGGUCCUACCAUAAUAUCGAAUUGCCUCCUGCUUUUGCCAUUACAUUUGCAUCGGUUACACCUUCAACAACCACAUCUGCCACUCUAAUCUCUAGUUCAGCAACAACGUUGAAUGAAAAAGGAGAAUGGCAUGGUGUGGUAAGAAUCGAUUGGACCAUGAUGAACAAUGUCGUGCGUGCUCGCUUUGAUAUCAAUUUGGAGGUGUGUAUGGUUGGUAAAUACGUUUUAAUGGCCAAUCAAAAGCUUCCCUAUUUGCGACCAACGAGCCCACAAGCUAUGCAACUUGACGAAAGGAUCAUUCGGUAUCCCAUCACCUACACUAGCUCCCGCAUUAAAAAGGGCUCCAUAUCCAAGAAACCUUUGACCCAUCAUCACAUAUUCUCGGGUGAGGGACUACCGGCGGCUCCCAACAAUUUCAUCUUUGCCUACAGCUUUAUCACCAAUUUGGCACUGCAAACCAUCAAACACCUCGGUCUCACCAAUCUCGAGCAAAUUUAUGUGCUCAUCGAUUACUCUUAUCGUGCCAAUUAUUCGCCGAUUAGUUAUAAUGCCAAGGUUUUCGAUGGUAAUAGCCUCCUCAAAAUUAACUUUCCAAAUUUGUUGUUGGCACUUCCCAUUGCACACGAGUAUGGCCAUUAUGUUCAAAGCCGACUAUAUCACGCCUCAUCGCUCACGUGGGUGCCCACUGAAGCUCCUGGCGGUUAUCAUGCGCUCUGUCAACGACAUCCAAGCGGUGUAACCCCCGUGCCCACCACACCGCCACAGUCGGCCGGCGUGGCAUGGACAGAAGGGUAUCCGACGGCAUAUGCCGUGAUCAUGCUUGAACACCUCGGAUGGCAGCGGAGCAAAGGCAAUGACUAUAUCAAUUGGGCAUCGGGCUACACCAAUUCAACCCGUGACUUGGAAUAUUAUUGGUGCAACCUUUUUGACCUAGAGACGGAUGAAGGUAGAAUUGCUGCCAUGAUGUACGACUUGUAUGAUGCUCAAGACGAUUCUUUGGAAAGCCCAGCAAUAGCUGAAAUUAUAGAGGAUCGUUUGACAAGAAACAACUCCACUCUUAUGGUUCCAGAGUGGUUUGGUUCUCCAGAACACGCAGAUGACAAUUCAGCGUGUCCUCUAACACCCAAGGAAAUUUUGGUCGAUGCCAUCGCCUUGUCACUCGACACCACCUUGUAUGGAUACAUCACUGCUAUGCGACUCCACGGACAAGGAUGUCAAAGAGAACGUGCAAUCAAUGUUAUCAAUUAUCAUUAUGGUUCAAACCUUUUAAUUGAUAGACCUGAUCCUAUGGAAGAAUAA